AUGAGACUUCGCUGCUCAGCCGUUUAACGGUCGCCGCUGUGUUUUGAUCACGUUCUUUAUAACCGCCACGGAGGUGGUUUCUCCAAGUGCACGUUAUAAAACCUCAUCAACAUACAAAACAUUUAGCAUCGGAUCCAUCAACAAAAUGUCAGGAAUGUCUGUGAAUCAUUCAGUGAAAUGUGGAACAAAGGACAACUCAAUGUACGAGUUCGAUCGUGCAGUGCGCGAUUUAAAAUUGAAUCGUUCAGAUAAAACCUGCGCUGCCGUCAAUAGACACCUAAAGUUUCUCAGCAAUGCAACAGACACGUCCACAUUCGACCCAAACACUGCUGUCACCUCCGAAUUUUUCUCAAACCUAAUCGAACUCUUUACCAUUCUCGAUCCACCAUCGCCAGUGCUAUGGAACUGUGUGAACGUCCUCAAAACCGCUUGCAAAAACCAGGCGACUCAUUCGGCUUUAAUCUCCACCUAUCAAUUUGUCCCAUACUUGUCUCAAAUGCUAGGUGAUCACUUGCAACCAGCUGAAAAGAUUUCCCUCCUAGGAGUCUUACAAGACCUAACAUGUGGAAUCAACAAGAACUGCUUUGUUCCCAAUCUUCACCACAUGAUCACCACACUCUGCAGAUGGAUUCAGGCCAAGGAAUCAGACCAGAUUGUAUUGCUAUCAUUGGGAGUAAUUGUAAAUGUCUGUCUGAACAAUCAACCGGCGCAGUACAUCUUCGCGAAUGCGAUGGAUGUGCGAACAUUGUCGAGAUAUUUACUCACAUUAACCGAUCACAAGAUUGUUACGUGUGUGGCAAAGAUGUUCAUCAUUCUGGACCAGAUGCACGGCGUAGUUCCGCAGAAAACUUUAGGUCAAUUAUUGGAUUGUACGCUGCGAAGCAUAAAUGAUGCUAUUAUCGUGAAGGACCAUCUUGACCUGCGCCAACACAUCGAAUUCUACCUCAACUUGAAGUCUGAUAGUGAUGAUGUACGGCGUAUUAUUGCUACAUUCGCCGAUUUUCCCGAAUUGAUCAAAGAUUUACUCUGUACGAUGAAUCGGUGCAAAGAAAGCAGUAACGAUGAAGGAAUGUCGGAAUGUACAAGCCUUGUGUUCCGUUUUUUCUGUUCGAUUCUUGAGUGUAACUUGCCUUGUAUUGAUGAUUUGUAUAAAGUUAUGGCGAAAUUAGCAUUGGACUGGAUCCGGCAUGAAUCCGUCGCGCCUGACGCGCUUUGUUUGCUCAAAACAGUACUGUUAACGUCAACAGACUCUUCCAAGUUAAUUACCGAGAUGAUCAUGCCUGAAAUAUAUAACUUUACGCCGGAUUUUCACCUGGUUAAUGCACGAAUGAGUAUUGUUAUGUGUACAAUGUACUAUCACGUGUUUGAUUUGUUGAAAAUCUUUUUACGGGGAAAUUCAAGCAGGACGCAAGUAUUGGAACACCUCAAAAAGGAACACUUCGAGAAGAUGUUUGAAACAAUUGUGAAUAAUACGAAUGAAUCGGGCGAUGUGAGCAAAUUUAGUCCUCAAGCUUUAGAUAUGUAUAUCAACGCAAUGAGUGUUAUCAGUGUCGUUGGGUUGUCUUGCAAUGAUUGGGGGCAGUUCUUACAUGUGUUGUUUGAGCAGAAACCAGUGCAGACCGUGCUGGCGCUUGGGUUGACAACGGGUGACCAACAAAGACGAAUCAAUGCUUUAGAAGUGAUCAGCCGGAAUAAUGUACAACUUUCUAAAUCUGUCGGUGAUAUUCUCAAUGAAAUUUCUCAACCAACGCCAGUGGUACAGAGCAAUCAUAUAAAAUUUAGUCCUAUAUUAAAUAGUAACACAUCCGCAAAUACUGUUAAAUUUGAUGAAAUCAUGCGUGUUCUCACAGAAAUGAAAGCUGGAAAACAGUUGAGUGUGGAUGUAUGUGAUGUGAUGGAUUUAUACGAAUAUAGACUGAGUAUUAGUGCACAAUCCCAGCAGACAUUGACUGCGUAUGCGGAGGCGGCGGCUACUUAUAGUAAUCAAUUACAACAACAAAUCACGCAGUUGAAUGAAGUACAGCAACGCACACAACAAAUGCAUUUACGCUCGGAACACAUGCGGAAAGAUGCAAAGAAGAAAAUUGACGCGCUUGAAGCACAGAUAAGAGAAUUACGAAUUGAGCGUAAGCUGCGCGCACAAUUACAAGCUGAGCAGCAGGAGAUGGAGGCAGAGAUGCAGAAAAGAAACAAGCAGAUCACUGAGUUGAUUGCCAAACAGGAGGAGGUCGUUGCCGAGCGUGAUAAUGCGUUGUUCAAGGUAAUUCCGCACCUGAAAGAGUCACUUAUGAAGAGGGAGAAAGUUAGUCAAAGGCAGGAGGAUAACAUCAAAGCGCUGCAAUCUGAAGUCAAUGCGGCUAAGAGGAAUCUGCAAGAAAAGGAGCUGGAACUGAAGAGUACCGAAGAAGAACUUCGCGCAGCGCAUGAUGAUCUCAAUCGGGCAAAAGAUCUUUCUGAAGAAAGAGGUACAUUGCUUGAUGCUAUAAUGAAGCUUACAAAUGCUAAGAAGUAGAUACUUAGUUUAACGCUUUCAAUAUUUUGAGACUUAUUUUAUUUACAAUGUAUAUUUAUUUAAAAGACGUGCAAGAAACCUGAAGCCAUUUAGCAAAUUAAAUCUUGCUGUUUUUAUUUUCCAA